GGAAAUAAACACUGCUGAUCAAAUGCAAGUUGAGAACAAGAUUGAUUUCGCAUCAUGUCAUGUUUACCUGAGAGCAAUCAAUUCUAAUAACUUUCCUUAAAUAUGAUACCUAUCAACAGAAUUAUUGAUAAAAGACACUUGAAACGAAAUUGAUCGGCGUUGUUGUAGAGGGUGGCAGAAUUUUAUUAAAAUAAAGAUACGCUUAAAGUACACAAAAUGUGGACAUUUGACUACGUACGAGAGCAAAUUCACGCAUACUCUAUGGUUUGUGAAACAUUUGUUUUGAGUUCUAGACUUUGGACAAUGUGCUGGAAAACAGGGGAGUUUACCUAUCUGUUUAUCCCAUGUGAAUAGAAGACUACUAGUGUUGUGAAAAAGUUAAUGGAUGUUUCAUAUAUAAAAAUACAACAUAGAUAUUACGAUAUAUAUUAUUUGGCUAAGCUUUGACAUUCUAAUUAAUACAUUUAUGUCUUCAGGUUAGAUGCUUGAAUCACCAGGAUUAAAGACUAGAAUGGAAAAUAAGAAACCAGCUGUGGAGGUCAGGUUGAAUGGUGUAAGAACUAAUUUGACUGAAACAGUGAAAAAUGGCAUCAUACCUAACGGAGAACCUCAGGCACACUCAAGUGACGUCAAAUAUGGAGGAGCACGUGACGUCACAAAGGAUACGAAUGCAUCACAAUCGUCAGAGAAGAAGACUUUUAAGUCCGUUGUACAACGCCAUUUCGUAAAGAAAGACAAGUUGUUUGUCUUGGUCCACGAUUUACUAAAGUCCAUAGACGACGAGAAACAAGCGCAAGAGGAUCUCCUCACCUCCUUCCGAAUAGCAAGAGAAAUAACCGAACCUAUACGACGGCAAAGUGUUGCUUCAACUCCCCAUCGAGUGAGGCGUCGGAGAAGACGUGACGAUACCCCACUUCUGGAAAGGAUUCAGCAAACUCGACGACAAUCUCUACAGCCUCUCGAAGAUAUCGCAAUUUACGAUAAAAACGUUGCGGCUGUAGGUGAACUUAAAGUGAAAGCUAAUGAAAGUGAUGAAAACGAUCUUGUUAAUAACAAUAACAAAGGCGAUAAAACAGGUGAAAUACUGAUAACAAAUUCAAUGAAGCCACCAUCAGCAACAGAAAGGGACUUUACAGCAGGAAGUAAUAAAAGGGUAAAUGAUAGUGCCAUAAAUGACUCAGUCAGCAGUGAUACUGACAGUACGUCGUCAAAAACACGUCAGAGAGCUAAAAGUUCUCCUGCUGGUGAACGAGAGAAAAUCUCUGCCAGUUAUCAACUUAACAAGGAAGGAAAUACACGAGAAGUUGAUCGGUUGGUAUUAGAUUCUGUCCUUCAUGAAAAUGAAGUAGCCGAGGAAGAAAACACUGAAUGUUCAGACAAAGAAAAUACAAAUACAUCUGAUAAAGUCAAUAAACCUGAAGAUGUUACUACAGUAAGAACAGAUGAGUCCGAAUGCUCAGAACUAACAGUGGAAGUUGAAACUGAUUCAGACAGCAGCCAAGAAGAGGCAAAUAUCAAAGUUAUUGGCGCAAAUGAUGAAAAUGACAACGACUUUUCCGACGAUGGAUUUGAUGAUAAUAUAGAUGAGUUUAAGAAACUAAAUGAUCCUAACUUUCAUAUAUCUGUCAUGGAAUACAACAGAGCACCUGCAAGUCUUUAUCCAUCAUUAGACCCUAUCGCCGAAGCUUCUUCCGAAUCAUUCCAGUCAAUGCCGACGUCUAGUCGAGAUAGUUCCAGUGUUAUCGAAAUAGAAUCAAAGAGGAGUUCUCUGCAAUGGAUUGAUGUAGACCAUGCAAAUAAUUCAUCAUAUGAGAACAAAAGAAGUUACACAGGCCAUUCGGUACAUGAUGUUCAUGAAAAGAGUGAACCUGACCGAUUUGAUAUGACUCGUCCGUAUAAAACUAGAAAUAACACGCGUCAUGUUGUAUCAGAAAAAGAUGGGGAAAUUGGUAAAGAAAAUAACGGUAAAAACGUUGUGAAUAGUGAAAGCAAGGAUAAAACAAGAGAAGAAAACUCUUAUAUCAAGUACGCGGAGUACACAUAUGACGAUCAGUCUGAUACCGACGACAAAACUGAAAAAGCUAAAAACGAUUCCGAAUGCACAAAUGCAAAACAUAGACAUAAACAUAAAUCAGGCAAUGGGCAUUACCAGUCAAAUAGAAACAAGAAAAAUGAUCAUUGCAAAGAAUUUAUUAACACAAAUGGAAUUGAUUCGAAAGAUAUGAGCGACGAAAGGGACAAAAAGAAAAGGUCUAAAUCCAAAGAUAGUUCUAAUAAGAAAAGCAUAUCAGUGGACAUUCUUGGGAUGUUUGAAGAAAAUGCUGAUCUCCAAAGAGUUUCGAGAAGUGAAAUUAUCACUCCGAAGCAAUCUGUACGGACAGAAAAAUCCAAGUCUAAACGUUCUCCUAAAAGAUCGAGGUCAACUUCUCCAAGAAAGAAACGCGGUCACGAAAGACGUAAGUAUGAUCUGACACCACUUCCACCAGGGUAUAAGUCAUCUUCUGACAGUCGCAAUAGAUAUACUAAUUCGGCGCAUAGAUCGAAAACUGAUUAUCCCUCUAGAGCUAGCAGUACCAGCUCGUGUGAUGACGUUAAAGAAGCUUAUAAGACUUUGCAAACUAUGAAAGACGAGCGUCGUUAUAGAAAACCCGAUGCAGUCUUGUGGGAACGGCUUGAAAUCUCCGAAGCGGACGCUAAUGAUAGAUUAGAGAAAGUGAAGUGGGCAGAUAGGUGUGAUAAUAGAAAAAGAUAUGCUGGUGUCACUGAGGAAGAUAGAAAGGACAAUAGUGAAAUGGAUGGACGAAGAAUAACGUGGAAUAUUCCUAUAUAUGAACAAAUAAAGAAUAUUAAAGGAUCGAAGAACGUGCCUGAUAUUUCCAAAUUGUCCAAGACGAUACCGCGAGAAGAACGUGUUGGACGUCUAUAUAUAGAUCUGAAGCAAGAACGACGUGCAUCCGGGUUCUCAGACUGUAGACCACUAAGUGCUCCAAGACAAACGAGAAAAUUUGAUGAAUUUACGCAUCUGUGAUGACAGUUUUAUGUUCGUGAUUCGUAAUUGAUCAGAUCUACAAUUAACUUCAAGAAUAGUUCGCAUGAUUACCACAUUUAUGACAAAGAAAUGUGUUGUUAUUUCUUUAUAUAAUAUUUCAUUAUACAUAACAUUACAAGAUACAUUAAAGUUCAAUUAAAACGCAUAACAUUUAGUUAUGAAUAACAUUUAGUUUAUGCAUUAUACCAUGAUACAUUUCAUUUGGUUAUACAUUAAAUUGAAUGAAUACAUUUAUGCAUUUCAUUUUAUUUAUGAGUGUCAUAAGUACUCGCAGAUGCAUGUAAGUUUACUAUAUAAAGGUAUUAUUGAAGAGUGGUGUCUGCGCCAAAACCUACUUAAUACUUAUCUUCGCCGAAGAAAAUGGAGUCUAUGCCGACAGACUUGAAAUUAUAAUAUAGCAAUAAUCGUUCUACUCAAACGGUGAAUUGUGUCAACAAAGGUAAUGCAGCGUAUAUGUGCGUGAUUUACAUGUUUUACUUAAAAUAAAAACAAACAAACAAAACAAAACCAAACAACAAAAUACAACAGCCACAAAUUGUUUAAUAUCAUUUUGUAUUUGUGUAACCAUGAAUUAAUCCUUUUGAGCGUUAUGCUGACGUAUUUGAAUAAGUAAACAGUGCCACCUGUGUACAAACACAAAAACAUGGUCAUUAUCCGAAUAGAUUGAUGAAGAACUUGCAUUAUUUACGAUUGAUUUUACAAUGAUGGUAGUAGAGACGUCAACGCGCCGAAUUUCUUCAUGUAUUGUUAGAUAUACGAGAUACUGAAUACAACUCCAGUAACAGCUCACCCUUAAAACGACCGUUUUAUUGUACAGUAUGAUAUAUUAUAAGAUCGCCAUUUUAAAACAGUUCUUAUAUUAGACUUUGAUAUUAAGUUUAACAAUACCUCUUCAAAAAUUUAGCUGUAUAUUUACAAUCUUAAUGUAAAGGCACACUGCUGUGGAAGUAAUCUAAUUUGUGUCUCAACCCGUCAGUAAAUACGGGUGUUCAUUUAAUGCCAGCAGAAGAAUCGAAUAAGGUUAUACAGGUGUAUCAUAGAUCAAAUGCAAAAGAUGAUGAUUAAAAUUAUGCCAAAAAAAAAAA